GUAUUGGACUCGGAAAAGCAGCCAGCGAUACCCUACGGUCUACGGAAUCCACACCCACACCACACAUAAACAAACCGUGCAACAGUGAAGCACUAAAAGUUUCGCUUUGCUCAACUCAGUCAACAAAACUAGAGCGAUAGCAAAACCAAAGAAAAAUGGGCUCUGCUUCUCUGAUCAAUCCGUUGACAUCCUCGCUCUGCAUCCCAAAAUCAGAGCUCACAGCUCCCAAACAGCUAUGGGUGGUGGGGGUGGGCCCCGCCACCACCACGUCUUUGAGCGUAAGGUCCAACAACAAGAGCAACAGCAAGAGCAUGCGCCAGAUAGGGAAGCCUUCUUCAGUUUCCUCUGUGGUGUGCAAGGCUGUUUCUGUGACGCCACAGACCGCUGUUGAGGGUCUCAACAUUGCUGAAGAUGUCACUCAGCUUAUUGGAAAAACACCGAUGGUGUACCUGAAUAACAUCGUAAAGGGGUCUGUUGCAAACAUUGCUGCAAAGCUUGAGAUUAUGGAGCCAUGUUGCAGUGUCAAGGACAGGAUAGGGUACAGUAUGAUAAUCGAUGCUGAGCAAAGAGGACUUAUAAAGCCUGGACAGAGUGUUCUGGUGGAACCCACUAGUGGAAACACAGGCAUUGGGCUUGCAUUUAUUGCUGCCACUAAAGGAUAUAAACUCAUCUUGACAAUGCCAGCUUCAAUGAGUUUGGAGAGAAGGGUUCUUCUAAAGGCAUUUGGAGCUGAGCUUGUUUUGACUGAUUCAGCAAAGGGAAUGAAGGGAGCAGUUCAGAAAGCUGAAGAAAUAUUCAAAAGCACACCCAAUGCAUACAUGCUUCAACAGUUUGACAAUCCUGCUAAUCCUAAGAUACACUAUGAGACAACUGGUCCAGAGAUCUGGGAAGAUACAAGAGGCAAAGUGGAUAUAUUUAUUGGAGGAAUUGGAACUGGUGGAACCAUUUCUGGGGUAGGACAAUUCCUUAAAGAGAAAAAUCCUAGAAUAAAGAUUAUUGGUGUAGAACCCUCGGAAAGCAACAUCCUUUCAGGUGGAAAGCCCGGUCCCCACAAGAUUCAAGGGAUUGGAGCUGGAUUUAUACCUAGAAAUUUGCACCAGGAUGUUGUCGAUGAAAUUAUAGAGAUCUCAAGUGAUGAAGCUGUUGAAACUGCGAAGCAAUUAGCACUCCAGGAAGGCUUGUUGGUUGGUAUUUCUUCUGGGGCUGCUGCUGCUGCUGCUCUCAAGGUUGGUAAGAGACCUGAAAAUGCAGGGAAGCUUAUCACGGUAGUGUUUCCAAGUUUUGGUGAACGAUAUCUCUCCACCAUACUUUUCCAGUCAAUCAGAGAAGAAUGUGAGAAAAUGCAACCCGAACCAUGAAGUUCCUUUGUUCGAGCAAAAUUUAGACAGUUACGCAAAUUUUUUAUUCUGAAACUCUCAUUCAUAAUAUCCCGUUCACACAUGAAUUCUUUAUCUAGAAUUUCUUCUGUAUUACUAAGAGAGGAUCACGGUAUAAAAUUCUCCACCGGUGCUGCUGUUGGAAUUUUUAUUAUUAUUUAAUAAUAUUUAAUUUCUAUAGUGAA